GAGCAGUUUGCCAAGGACCUCAAGCACAAGCGCAUCAUGCUGGGCUUCACACAGGCUGACGUGGGGCUGGCGCUGGGCACCCUCUAUGGGAAGAUGUUCAGCCAGACAACCAUCUGCCGCUUCGAAGCGCUCCAGCUCAGCUUCAAGAACAUGUGCAAGCUGAAGCCGCUGCUGCAGCGCUGGCUCAACGAGGCGGAGAACACGGACAACAUGCAAGAGAUGUGCAAUGCGGAGCAAGUGUUGGCCCAAGCUCGGAAGAGAAAACGCAGGACCAGCAUCGAGACCAACGUGAAGGGGACGCUGGAGAGCUUCUUCCGCAAGUGCGUGAAGCCCAGCCCGCAGGAGAUCUCCCAGAUCGCCGAGGACCUCAACCUGGACAAAGAUGUGGUGCGGGUCUGGUUCUGCAACCGGCGUCAGAAAGGCAAACGGCUGCUGCUGCCCUUCGGCAACGAGGCGGAGGGGGUGAUGUACGACAUGAACCAGUCCCUGGUGCCCGCCGGCCUGCCCAUCCCGGUGACGUCCCAGGGCUACAGCCUGGCGCCCUCCCCUCCCGUCUACAUGCCGCCCCCCUUCCACAAAGCCGAGAU